GUGCAUUAUAUGGAUGUGUAUUGACCAGAUCAUCAUCCAUAUCCUCAUCAUCAAUAUGAUGGGUAGAUGAGGUUGAUGUUAUAUGAGGAGGAGGUCCUCUUCCCACCCAUGAUAGAAAAAUUCUAGACUUACCCCAUCUAAGUAAAUUGGUCUGAUAUCUAAAGAUUGAGAGUCAUGGUAGUGAAAUCUCUUGCUCCCUUCUAUUAUGCUCGGAUCUAUUAUCUUGCUUAUCGGCAUGGAUCCAGGCACUUUUAUGGUCAAUUUUUCAUUCACCAUUGAUUGAUUUUAGCCAUCCAAGCGUUCGAUGUAAAUCUCUUAACGAAGACGAACACAAUGAACAGGGCAACGAGCAAUGACACGAAAUGCUCGUCGUGAUGGAAAAAUAUAGGUACGUAUAUUUUUCCGAUAAACCAGUUACAAUAAGAACCACAAAAACACGUAUGGGUUCGGGUAAAGGAAGCUUUUUUUUUUCUCGUUUUCUUUUUUUCGGCUAAGAAUCAAUUUUCUCCAACAAUUCUUUGAAGCAGUUAAUAUUCCUUCGUUUUGUUCUGUAAUCCACCUGCAUCCUUUGAACUGAUAGCGUGUAGUUUUUGUGCAGUGAAUAUUUAAUAGAACCCUAACAAAGCGUGACGAUAAAUCAACAUGUGAAAAAUCUUGGUACCGAAUUGAUUUUUGCAUUCCCUUUUUUGAUAAUCACGCUCCCUUUUUUGAGUUUUAGUGUGGAAAUUGUAUGUGUUUUUUCUGCUAAAAGACAAAAAUAAAGGAGUGUAGAUAUCAAAAAAUUGGAGUGCAACAAUCAAUUCCCAAAAUCUUAUAUACUAGGUAUUAGGUUGUUGGCUACUCUCCAUCAAUUUGAAGAUAGGAUGUCACCAUCUUACGGCAUUUGUUGUAGCUAUGGACAUGUCAAACGAAUCACAAGUAGAAUAAAUUGAUACCAGCUGGGAUUUGUCAAUUCAAAACAAAAAAUCUCACUAGGACAAAACAAGCUACCCUACAAACAAGAAAAUGUAUGUGACAAGGCCUCUAUCCCACUACCUGAGGUCCCCCAAAUCACUUUCACUACCACCAGAGGGUCCAAACUCCGGUUAUUUAGUGAUACAAGAUGAGGAAUCAGAGACUACUACUUGUUUCGGAUCGUGCAAAAACCCGUAUCUGAUGGAUCUCCCUUUCCCUCAGAACAAGAACUUAACUGUUAUGUACAGGUCGAGCGGGGGAGGGCACCGGCAUGCUUACCGGCAUAUUUCUAUUCAUGAUGAAACCUUCAUUCCAGUUCUCAAUCAGCCCCUUUCUUCGAACCAAUAUUAUGCAAUUAAGCCCCACGGAUCGCGUGAAGGGGAAGCAUAUGCGUGUUCAAGGGAGGAAGACAUGACCCCUUCUUGUUUUUGCAACUGCAUAAAGGAUGUCUACCCAAGACCCCUUAACCCCAAUGACAUAUACCAACAAUUUGAGAUAUUCCCCUGUAAUAGAGGCUGCGGAAGUGGUGGUACAUUUUCUGCAAAAUCAGUUGCACCAGAUGGAAUCCCUCCCCACUUCCUCAGAAGAAGUGGGUGGAAAAUUUUCACCAAAACCCCCAAAACCUAUGAACUUGGUGAAGCCCUAGGCAUCAAUACUACCCUCCGUGCCUGCUUCCCGAAUUUUGAUUCUCCCGUUGUUGUAGGGAAAUGGUAUUGUCCUUUCAUGUUUGUAAAGGAUGGAAAUUUGAAGGAUCAAAUGAAGCGAUCGUUGUUUUAUGAGAUGACACUUGAGCGAAGGUGGGAAAAGAUUUUCGCAUGUGAAAACAAUUUCAGUAGUCAAGGGAAUUCUAUUUCUGUGGAAGCUGAAGUCCAGAGGGAAGUGGUUUUUGUGGAUGGGAGGGAAGCAGUGUGGGAUGAGAAUAGGGUGGGUGAUGGGGUGGUUUGGUUUAGGGGUUUUGGUGGUGUGGAACAAGUAAAUAUUGGGCUGAGUUCAUUGAUUGUUGAUAGAAUGAAGUGGGAGGAGGAGAGAGGAGGGUGGGUGAGGGAGGAAAAUAGACAAGUGAAGGUGAAAAGAACAGAGGAGUUUAGGGGGACUGGUGGGGUGUGGAGUAAGUUUGGUUGCUAUGUGUUGGUUGAGAGAUUUGUGUUGAAAAGAAUGGAUGGGAGUGUUGUGUUAACCUAUGACUUCAAUCACACUCAUGUGAUUAGGAGCAAAUGGGAAUGAAGUUUAUUUGAUUCAACACUCAAAAAGUUUCUUUGAUUAGUUUGCUUUGAUUUUGUUUAUAUUUUGAACUUUUCUGGAUUUUUAUUUAUGUUUUGAUCGGGUUGUUCCCAUCCCCCAUAUUUGUGUAUCCAGUGAUUUUUAUAGGAAGACUUUUCAAGUAGUGUAUAUUUUGUUCUCGU